GCGGUGCUGAGGCGGUUGCCCCGGCAACGCGCAGCCUGGCGACGGCGCCCGCGGCCCAGGCCCGGCCAUGGCCGCCCCGCCGGAGACGCGCGAAAGGCCCUGCGCCAGCCCCGGCAACCCGGUCUUCUCCUGCGUGCUGGACGCGGCCGCGCGGGGCCCCGGCGCCUGCCCGAGGGAGCCCCGCCUGCUGCUCUACAGGACCACCGCCGCCGACUACGGCGCCCUGCCGCCCACCGCCGCCACGGCGCCCUGCCGCCACUUCCCCCGCGACAGCGCCCUGACCGACCACCUGCUGGUCUGCGGGAGGAACCCGGCCAGCCGCCUCAACACCGCCCUCGACAAGGGCCCCCUCUGCCCCUGACCGGCCCC